ACAGUUGUAUCAACUCACAGUCUGCUAUUCAGUGAUUAAAUAUACGUUUUUUAUAAAUAUCCUCAAAAAAUACUAAUCAUCAUCCUCAUUUUCUGUUACCAAAAUAACAGAAACCUGAGAUUUUUAUUCAUUAGCUCAAUACUUGAUAAAAGUUAAAACGCAAUAAUGGCUUUGGUGCCGCUUGAAUCAAACCCCGAUGUUAUGACGAAGUUCAUCCAUAAAGUUGGUGUGCCGCAAAAAUGGUCACUCCAUGAUGUCUAUGGUUUGGAUCCCGAACUAUUGGCGAUGGUUCCCAAGCCGGCCCUGGCUUUGAUUUUGCUUUACCCAGAGUCCGAAAAGGCGAAAGCCUAUAACGCAGAAGUCGAAGCUAAAAUAAAAGAAGAGGGUAAAGAGCCGCCGAAAAAUGUUUUUCAUAUGCAGCAGUGUGUAUCAAAUGCUUGUGGAACUGUCGCUUUAAUCCACGCAAUCCUCAACAAUCUUGAACAGAUUGAUUUGGAAGACGGGAUUCUCAAAAAAUUUUACGAGGAAGCCAAAGACUUGUCAUUUAUCGAACGCGGUAAAAUGCUGGUGGAUGCAGCAAGUGGAAUAAUUGAUACUCACAAACAAUUAGCUCAGGAAGGACAAACUGCAGCACCACCGGAAAAUGAACCAGUUUAUCAUCAUUUCGUAGCAUUUGUUGAAAAAGACGGAUCUUUGUACGAACUAGAUGGCUGUAAAUCGAUCCCCAUAAACCAUGGGCCAACAACUCAAGAAACACUUCUGACUGAUGCUGCUAAAAUAUGUCGCGAGUACAUGGCACGUGAUCCAGACGAGGUUCGUUUCACAAUGAUUGCUUUAGCGGCUAAUGAACAACAGUAAUUAAUAAUAAAUAAUAACAAUCAUUAUUAUUUAUUAUAAUACGGAAGCAAAUUGAUGCGUGCAAUGAAUAUCGCGAUUCGAUAAAUACUUAAAAUAAAAACUACGCACAAUUUUUUUUGCAUUUAUAAACAAAGUGCCAUGAACGUAAAGCUUUUUAUAUAUUUAUAUAUUCAUACAUUAUUAACUUGAACGCUUACUGCUGCAACGAUUAAAAAAUUUGCAUUUAAAAAAUAAUAUUUUGUAAACCGGCAAUUAUUCUUGUACUGCAUUAAUGAUACUAUAAAACUUCACUAUUCAGAACUCAUAUAAUUAUAAUUUUCUACUGAAAUAAUUUGUAAAACAUAAUAUAUAAUUUAUAAAACUUAAAAAUAAAUUAUUGAGUGUGAUAAA